AUGGCUCCAUUACCACGGGAUCGAGUUCAGUGCAGUAGGCCGUUUGCUAUAAGUGGCGUAGAUUUUGCGGGACCACUCAUCAUUAGAAGUGGAGUACGCCGAGUAAGUGGCAGGAAAGCAUGGAUCGCAGUGUACGUUUGUUUCUCUACAAGAGCUGUCCACUUAGAGCCUGUGGAAGAUCUCACGAGUAGUGCAUUUAUUGCUAGCCUGCGACGGUUCAUGGCACGUCGAGGCAAGUGCACUAAAAUCUACAGCGACAACGGCACGAAUUUUGUGGGAGCACAAAAAGAGCUAAGUCCUUUUUUAGCUGGUAUCGACGACAAGAUGGCAAAAGAGGGAGUAGAGUGGCAUUUCAACCCACCAUCCGCCCCUCAUUUCGGUGGUUUGUGGGAGAGCGCAGUAAAGACGACAAAGUUCCACUUAACACGCGUGAUAAAGGAUGCUCGUCUAACUUUAGGAGAGUUAACCACGUUGUUGUGCCAGGUGGAAGCGUGCGUUAACUCGCGGCCUAUGACACCGCUUAACAGUGACCCUUCAGAAGCGGAAGCAAUCACCCCAGCUCAUUUCUUAAUUGGUGGCCCAAUGAUGAUACCACCAGAAGCGAACAUAUCCGAAGAGGACGUUCAACAUCUACGUCGUUGGCGCUUUGUGCAAGGCUUAAUGCAAGGCUUCUGGAGGCGAUGGCAUGCCGAAUAUCUACCACAACUUCAGGUGCGAGGCAAGUGGGCUUACCAGAAAAAGGACCUAGUAGUUGGAGACGUGGUUAUUAUAAAAGAGGACUGUACUCCACCAACAAAGUGGAAGCUAGGACGAGUAGUGCAACUACACCCAGGGAAAGAUGGCACAGUUCGAGUAGUCACAUUAAAAACUGCCAAUAAUAAUGAGCUCCGUCGGCCCGCCGUAAAACUCUGUCGACUGCCAAUCGAGUCAGAAGACAACCAAAAUGAAUAG